CAGUCUGUCCAUCAACCUCUGACGAGGUAACAUCUCCGUCUCUCUUUCUCUCUCUUGUUCGAGUUUCACUCUUGUCCAUCCGCAUUUUGAAAAUGUUGAAGGCGUGUCAAUUGGUUUUGUUGGCUGUUCUGAUGGCUGGAUUGGUCAGUGGAAGGAAGCUGGAGAACUGGCAUGAUCCCGAGGUUCAAGGUUCGAUUCUACCCUCCGCCGAAGCCGACGCUCAAAGACAACCCAAGUUCUUUUUGGGGACCACUACAACAGUCACAACUACGGAAUCUUUGGCCACCACGUGCUUCACAACACCUGCCGCCGCCGUCACUACGACAUGUACCGGACGAAAGAAGAGAGCCAUCUCCGAGGAGCCCAUUUCAGAGGAUGACACCACGCCUAUUAUCACACCGUCUGCGCCGAUUCCUGACCAACGCCAAUCCAAGGCAUUAAGCUUGAAUGAGUUGGCUUCUGUGAGGGAAGGACGGCAGGAUGUGGAGCCCCGAUUUGCCAUAUUCUAUCUGUACACCACAACUACCACUUCCACGGCCACAACCUUCACGGCCACCACUUCCAUUACCUUGACGGGCUGCACCCCAGCCACCAUUUCAUUUGCUCGUUGUGUUUAGUUAUACUCUUUGUGAUGGCAGCAAUGCUGAAUCGAUUCAUAAGCUAUAUCGACUGUGUCGAUUUUUGUGCGUUUGGCUGUUUUGCAUAUUUUAUUCAUGACUUGCCAAGAAGGAGCACAUCCUUAGCCUCAUUGCUGUUUUGGACGACAUUAUGAUGUCUAUAGAUCUGCCUUCUUUACAAUAAACGGUGGUACCCACAACACUAAGAUUUUUAGUAUUGAUUUGAUAUAAUUUUAGUAAAAUUUCAUCUUGGAAAAUACCUCAGAUUAGUAUAUUAAUCCACUUAAAACCUGCAAGAAGCUAAUAUCUUAUCAAACGUAAUUAAUAGAUGUGGGGAGUAGUCUUAGAAAGCGUUUUCAAAUAAAAUUUUAUUUAUUGUAUGCAU